UGAUGAGCUGUAACCUUCACCGAGGGAACAAAACAACCCGGGCUGAAUAUCAUUUUAAUAAAAUAUAUUUUCACAGGCUGUGUCCGCUAAUUCGGAUCGAUCAAGAUAUGGAAAGCACUCCGGUGGAAAUAUUCAAAGACGACAAUAAGUGCCUCUCCACGCUGCUGGAGGACUGUCCGCUGAAUUCUUCAGCCUGGAUGUCCGGAUACUCCGAGAGCCGCAAUGUGACCCACGAUGAUAGCUGGGAGCCGGAGGGCAUGUCUCCCAUCAUCCCCAUCAUCACUGCAGUCUACUCCGUGGUGUUUGUGGUCGGCUUGCUGGGCAACUGCCUCGUCAUGUAUGUGAUCAUCAGGUACACAAAGAUGAAGACAGCCACCAACAUUUACAUUUUCAACUUGGCGCUCGCCGAUGCCCUCGUCACCACUACUAUGCCCUUCCAGAGCACAGACUACCUGUUGAAUACCUGGCCCUUUGGUGAGGUGGUCUGCAAGGUUUUCAUCUCCAUCGACUACUACAACAUGUUCACCAGCAUCUUCACUCUCACCAUGAUGAGUGUGGAUCGCUACGUGGCGGUGUGCCACCCGGUAAAAGCCCUGGACUUCCGCACUCCGAUCAAAGCCAAGAUGAUCAACGUGUGCAUCUGGAUCCUGUCGUCGGCCGCGGGGAUACCUGCUUUUAUCCUGGGUGGCACCCAGACAAAGAGCGACAUAACUGAGUGUGCCUUACAGUUCCCAGAGCCGUACGUGUACUGGGACACAUUGAUGAAGAUAUGCGUGUUUGUCUUUGCCUUUGUCGUGCCUGUGCUCAUCAUCACCGUGUGCUACUCCCUCAUGGUCCUGAGGCUGAAGAGCGUCCGCAUGUUGUCCGGCUCGCGGGAAAAAGACCGCAACUUGCGGCGGAUCACGCGGCUGGUGGUGGUCGUGGUAGCUGUGUUUGUGGUCUGCUGGACACCCAUUCACAUUUUCAUCCUUGUCAAGGCGCUCGUAAGCAUACCGGAAACCACCGCCAUCAUGGCUGCCUACUUCUUCUGCGUGGCUCUGGGCUACACAAACAGUAGCCUGAACCCUGUCCUGUAUGCCUUUCUGGAUGAGAACUUCAAACGCUGCUUCAAAGACUUCUGCCUCACGGCCAGACUGAAGGGGGAGAAGGUGUCAGGGAGUAAGAAGAACGCCAGCAGUGUGAGGGAGGCCGCUGUUCCCCUGGAGAACCCAGAUGGGACUAGAAAGCCGGCAUGACUAGCAGUGGAACUGUCAUCGAUUUCCCACAUUGGAAAAGAAGACUCCCAUGAUCUGGGCCUAACGCACG